AUGGUCCACUUACAAAAACGGGUUGCCCACCUUGUUGAGGUAUCAGCAUUUAACUGUGAAAUAAUAAUUGACCAAUUUUUGAACACAGUCUCAUGGUCUUUUUCAAAUAGUGAUUUUCAAGGUACUUCAACAACCAGACGAAUGUUGCAGCCGACCACAACAGUGGCGACAUCAGACUCACAAACGAAGCUGCACAACAACCUAAAACUGCCUUUCAGACCAACAUUGCAGAGCGAGCAACACAUGCCGACAGACAUUUUGUUGAGGACCCACAAGGGGGAACAUUUGAAUAGUCGGCACCAACAACAAGAUGACCACGAUCAUCUGCCAUAUUACUCCGACGUUGAUGGUUUCUACGGCCACAGCAACCGGGCACCGCCACAUCAACAGCGCUCAUAUUUCGAGGAGCUGCAGAAAGACGAGCGAUUCCUGGAAUUUGCAGGAUUAGUGGCCACCACGGUAACUGCCAUCAUUGUCAUAAUCGUCCUCCUCUUCCUCAUUUUCAAAGUCAGUCGAGACGACUCAACAGCCGUCGAAGAAGACUUGUGUAUGAAAUUGAAGUUGUAA